UGACCAAAUGAAUGUCCCCAAGCUCAAAGCCCCAAGAUCUGUGUAUCUCCCAAAGAUGAAUUUUGAAAGGAAAAUGCACAAGGAGAAAGAGUAGUUAGACAUCUCCCAGGACCACUUGCCUAGUUAGUGAGGAAAGGAAUAAUUUCGCGGGCAUUUACAUCUUUGGAAUAUGCCAUGUCUUUCAUGCUCAGGUUUUCUUGGGAAAGGUCAUUUGGAUAACCCUUUUCUAAAUUACGUUUUAGGGUUUGUUGUUCUGGAAUUACUGAGAAGUAGGAUAAUGAUCCACCAACCCACUUGCAGGCCAUAGCAUCUUGAGUUGCUGUAGAAGGAAGAGGGAAUGGCCUUGAGAGACAGGGGGAGGAGCUGUUGCCAAGGCAACAAUCGGAUAAAAAGAAAUUCAAGUCCAAAGCAGGAAUGUAAUGUAGGAAAAAGUCUGAGACAAGAUCCUUCUUAAUUCUAAUAGUCUGUGAAAAUAACCUUGGGAGACAUGAGAAAGAGCCACGGCUUAGCCCUAAACAAUGGUCUGAUAAGAGAAAUCUGAAUCCAAGCAGGAGUGGGAAUGGAGAAAGCAUCUCAGAAUUAACCCUAUGUAGUUUGCUGUGGCUCAGCUCAGCAGUUAAGACACUAAGCUUGUAAGCUAGAGAGCUGACAGCCCACACAACGAACGGGAUGAGCUCCCGUUACUUGCCCCCGCUCCUGCUUGCCUAGCAGUUCAAAAGCAUGCAAAUGCGAGUAGAUAAAUAGGUACCACUUCAGUGGGAAAGUAACGCCGUUCCGUGUGCCUUUGGUGUAUCGCCAUGCUGGCCAUAUGACCACAGAUAUUGUCCUCGGACAACGCUGGGUCCCUCGGCCUAGAAACGGAGAUGAACACUGUGGCCUAGAGCAGGAGUCUCCAACCUUCAAAGCUGGCUGGGGAAUUCUGGGAGUUGAAGUCCACCAGGCUUAAACUUGCCGAGGUUGGAGAUCCCUGCCUUAGAGUCAGACACAACUGGACAGGGAAACUUUUAGCUUGCUAGAAUGUAAAUGCAGGGGAGGGGGGAAUUUUUACUGCAAUUUUUUUGCUUGUUAGAAAGUCACAAGAGCGGAUCUCAUGACCCCAAGAACACUGCAGCCGUCAAGCAUCUGAAUCUAAAUCACGUGACCAUGGGGAUGCUAGGUCGUAAGUGUGAAAAAUGGUCGUAAGCCACUUUUUCCAGUAACGUUGUAACUGUCAGGGUUUGAACCAGUGAUGGGUUUCUACCAGUUCACCCCGGUUCGGGAGAACCAGUAGUGGCAGUGGUGGGAGGCUCCGCCCACCCGCCUGGACGUCAUCACAGAUGCUCUGUGCAGAAGCGCCGCGCGCGAGUUCCCGCUUCCAAACUGGUAGCGAAGGUGUAAUGCAGAUCACUUUGUAUGGUGGGCCACGGCCAAAAGCUACGGAUGGCACUAGUCUCCUUUAGAGUCCACCCUGGGAUUAUUCCUGGAAGUGCUAAAAGCAUUUAAGAGGACACCUUUGGGACUGUUGCUUCCAAGGGCACUUCUACAGCGAUCAUGGCAAGCAAACGGAAGUCAACAACUCCAUGUAUGGUACGAGCAUCUGAAGCACCAGAGUCCGGGGACCCCUUGGACUGCAGUGUAGGAAAAGCCCCUGGGGCUCCCGAGCAGGACUUAGGAAAUAAUUUGGCAGCUGGCAAGGACGUUUUUGAGAACGACUGUGAAGUGAUUGAGGGGAAAUCUUCUCCAGCCAACCCAACGAGGAAAACUCUCGGCGGUUACGAGUGUAAGUACUGCCCGUACUCCACCCAGAACCUGAACGAAUUCACAGAGCAUAUAGACAUGCAACACCCCAAUGUGAUUCUCAACCCCCUCUACGUAUGUUCCGAAUGCAACUUUACAACCAAAAAGUAUGAUUCCUUAUCCGAGCACAACGCAAAGCUCCAUCCGGGAGAAAACAAUUUCAAGCUUAAGUUGAUCAAGCUCAACAAUCAGACUGUCUUAGAACAAUCCAUUGAAGGGACAGGAGAUCCAGCCGUGGUUGAAAGCCCUGACUGUGAAGGGGUAGGCGAUACAAACAAAGCGGCCCAGAUCAUUAACCUAGGAAAGCCUAACUGCGAGGCCAAGAAAGCGUCUGUUGACAACCAUCUUGAUGGGAUGCCUCAACUUUUUUCAGAUAUCACUGAGCCAAUUACUUGUAUUAAUGGAGCAGAAAUCCUUCAAGAUAUUCUGGCCCAUGUGAUGCCCUCCGUACAGCUCCCGCCAAAUAUCAACCUAGUUCCCAAAGUCCCUGUUCCCCUGAAUAGUACCAAAUACAAUUCUGCACUAGACACUAAUUCUACUAUGAUCAGCUCCUUCAACAAGUUUCCGUAUCCUACACAGGCAGAAUUGUCGUGGCUGACGGCCGCCUCCAAGCACCCCGAAGAGCAGAUUAGAAUUUGGUUUGCCACUCAACGUUUGAAGCACGGCAUCAGCUGGUCCCCCGAAGAGGUGGAAGAGGCAAGGAAGAAGAUGUUCAAUGGCACCAUUCAGCCAACCCACCAAACCAUUGCGGUUCUCCCAGCCCAUGUUGCCACAGCCAAGAUGCCCCAGCCACUGAUUCAGACGGCUGUGCCUUGUCAGAUACUCAGUCAAACUGGCCUAGUAUUGACCCAAGUCUCGAAUGGAUCAAACGUUUCCCCAAUUACCCUCGCUGUGGCAGCCAACCAGGGUCAGAAACGGGGUGUGCAGAACCAGCUGGGCACCCCAGAAGCCAAACGUCAGCAUGUCAACCCAACAGAUGUCUUGGCCAAGCAGAACGCAUCUGCCGCUCCAGUAAGCACAGCAACAAUGCCACACUCUACCGUAUCGCCGGCAUCAACCAGCGACCGCAAAAAAACCAAGGAACAGAUUGUUUUUCCCCAAUAA